AUGAAUUUCAGCUUUGAAGGCAACUACAAACCGAGACGCAACAUCAACCUCGGUGGCAUUCGCUCGCAUGAAGACAAGAAAACACUCAUGGCAAAGGCCCAAGCGGAGCGGCGAGCAAGGGAACACGAACGACAAAGACAACGUUGCGCUGUCAAGAUUCAGUCGUUCUAUCGUGCAAAGAGAGACGCUAGCAGAUUACGGCGUGCUGAGCUCAAUGCGUUACAAGCGAAUCUCAAGCAGCUGACGCAAGUUGACGACGAUCAUCGUGACACUACCUUCAACACCACCAUUGCUACUUGUAUGCGACAGUGUUUGAUAUUAUCUUACGGUCCACUGAAUUAUGGUGCUACUCUGAACGAGCUGUGUGCUAUUUUACUAUCAUCAUCGAACGAGAAUCUCCUGGGAUUUAUGCAUCUCUUUGCUGACAGCGAUAAGGAUCAGUUGGAUGAGCGGACGUGGCUAUUAGCACUAUUUACUACCAACGUCAUCCUUGCAGCAGUGACAAGCUUCAAGGACAUUGCACCACUUGUACGCUUCAUUUCGAUUGUGAUGGAUCCCACAACAUACAAGCGCAUGGCACAAUACAAUGGUUCACUGGAUACACAUGACACAUAUAUGAGAAUAUCGACACACACGCUUUUGCAUGGCAAGAUAACCGAGAUUCUAAGGCGGCUUUUGGUGUAUGAAAUCAACAGCGUUUCGACCAUCGAUCACAACAAUGAGCCUUCUAUUCUCACCUAUACACUGAACAUUGUUCUCGACAUUAUCAAAUGCAAGCCGCCCUAUGAUUAUACCCCGUCCAGCAUUUCAAAGUGGCGACCAACAGCUCCCCCUACAACAUCCAUGUUUGGCUUAUUCAGCGGCAAUGGACCAUCGCCAUCAUCGUCAUCCAACAACGCAGCAUCUACACCAAAACUGCUCCAUCGAUCCUUGAUAUUACAGCGCUUAUUGGUGGACGUGUUUUCAAUUCCCUUCUUGGUGGACAAUAUACCCGAUGACAUCUUAAAGUCGUUCCUGGAUGAGUUACCUUUGGAGAGCGCACUGGCCACCCUUAAUCGCAUGUACGAAUCUGAAGAGUGGACGCAUGAGCAUACCCCCGAACGAGUGGUUGGACUUUUGAUGAACAUUACACAAAUGGGAGGAUUUCAUAAAGGCGUGCAUCUUGAUAGAGCACUAGAGCCAUACUCGAUUGCGAUUCAAAACCUACUCUCCGAUUUGCCAUCCACAUACUUGAACGAACCUGAUGAAGAUGAAGUAAUGACUGAUUCAGAAGACGACCUUAGCGGAUCAGAGAAUGAGGACGUUGUCAUGACUGAAGCAUCUCGAGCACAGCAACAACAACGAUACGUGGAUCCACUUAUUCGAGAACGGCUCAAAAUGUUGUAUGACAAAGGAAAUGUGGAUGCGUUGGUGAAACGAUUUAUUGAUCUUGCACAAACAUCCGGUGGUGUGAAUCAAGCGUUGGCGGGUCGACUUGCUGGACUCUUUGAUAUGUUGAUGACUCGAUGGCCUUUGCAAAGGGAUCCUAUAUUGAAUGCAUUGUUGUAUCAUCGUUGGUGGGUGGAUGGCAAACGGACCGAAUCGGUUGAUCUGGCACAAGUGUUUUGGAAGGCAUGGUCCUCCCACGAAUAUGCUGCUGUGUUCGACAACGAUGAUACCAUCAUGAAUCGAUUAACAGAAGCAGUGUCUUGUAUUAUGGAUGCAAAAAGCCCUGACAUAUGGGCAAUUCUCUACCUGCUUUGCGAGAUGUAUACCAAGCUAUUAUUCACGAUUGGUGAUGAUGAAUUUUUUGAUGAUAAUGCGCCAAGCAGCCACCUGAAGCUGGAUCAAAUCGUCGCUCUCAGCCGACAAUUGAAGAACAUCUCAUUCGUAUUGUUUUGGAGAGCUGGAUCAGUGGACGUGGAGAAAACAUUGGGCCUCUCUGGAAUCCGGAUAUCACAAUUGCGUAGCACAGUGACUCAACUGCUUCGACAAAUCCAUACACGAGACUCUCGACGUGCAUUUUGUCCCAAAGAACACUGGUUGAUCAAGAAAUUGGAUACCGAAGGUUUCUCGAGUGAAGCUGUAGCAGAAGAAUUCUCUUUGGAAAACGAUCCUGAGCAACAAUCACGUCAACCAUCCAAGACCAAACUCGCCCUUAUCAGUCCACGCCUUGGUGUAUUGAACAAUAUCCCCUUCAUCAUUCCUUUCGAGCAACGUGUUGAGAUUUUCCGAAUGUUUGUACAAAAUGAUCGUCAACGCAACAACAUUGAUCAAUUCAUUGGUCCUUCGGUGAAUGUGACAAUUCGGCGCAACCAUGUAUUCGAGGAUGGCUUCUCACAACUUUACACGCGUGGCAAGGACUUAAAAGGCAAGGUGGCCAUUGGCUUUGUGGAUGAAUUUGGGCUGCAUGAAGCUGGUAUCGAUGGCGGCGGUGUUUUCAAGGAGUUCUUAACAAGCUUGAGCCAUGAAGCAUUCGAUACCAAUUAUGGGCUUUUCCAAACAACACCGGAUCAAUUGCUAUAUCCUAAUCCUGGGCGGCAUGCAACACAGCCUACACAAUUGGCCUUUUUUGAAUUCAUUGGUCUGAUUAUCGGCAAAGCGUUAUAUGAAGGCAUCCUACUAGACGUUGCGUUUGCUGAAUUCUUCCUCAAGAAAUGUCUGGGUGGUAUCAAUUACCUUGAUGAUUUACGCUCACUCGACCCGGAGCUGUAUAAUGGAUUGAUUGCUGUGAAGAACUUUCGAGGCAACGUAGAAGAUCUCUCGCUUGAUUUUACGCUAACUCAAGAUGAGUUUGGAAAAACCCGAACCGUGGAAUUAAUUCCGGGUGGAAGCAACAUCCCAGUUACCAAUGCCAAUUGCAUCCAAUAUGUUUAUCGUGUGGCUAAUUAUCGUCUCAACACCCAAAUCGCCAAACAAUGCAAAGCCUUUUUCCGUGGAUUAUCAACUAUCAUCGACAUCAAAUGGCUACGUAUGUUCAAUCAGGCUGAACUUCAAGUGCUAUUGGGCGGUGCUUCGGUUCCCAUUGACCUCGAUGACUUGCGAGCAAACACGGUUUAUGCAGGGUACACAGAAGACGAUUCAACGGUCCAGAAUUUCUGGCGAGCACUUUGCAGCUUUGACAAUGAGCAGCGUAUGAAGUUUAUCAAGUUUGUAACCUCUUGUUCAAGACCACCAUUGCUUGGAUUCAAAGAGCUACGACCCCAGCUGUGUAUUCGUAAUGCGGGAUCAUCCGAUGACCGUUUGCCAACAAGCUCCACUUGUAUCAAUUUGUUAAAGUUACCAUGCUUCAGCAACUAUGAGAUCUUACGACAGAAAUUGUUGUAUGCCAUCAAUGCCGAAGCAGGAUUUGACCUCUCUUAA